AUGAACUUGCCAGAGAACUAUCAAAUGAAAUAUUACUUUUACCAUGCUCUUUCGUGGCCUCAGCUCUCGUUUGUAGCCGAAGAUCUCAACGGGAAGAUUGUCGGUUACGUAUUGGCUAAAAUGGAAGAAGACCCAGAAGAUGCGCCACAUGGGCAUAUAACAUCACUAUCCGUUAUGCGAACGUACAGAAGACUUGGGAUUGCCGAGAAGCUUAUGACACAAGCCCAGAAAUCAAUGGUAGAAGCAUUCAACGCACAGUAUGUUUCGUUGCAUGUCAGAAAGAGCAAUCGAGCGGCGUUGCAACUUUACAGAGAUACGUUAAAGUUCAGAAUACAUGACAUUGAGAAGAAAUAUUAUGCAGAUGGAGAAGAUGCAUACGCUAUGCGAAAAGACUUGCAAUCUCCGUCGAACAAUGCAAGCAGUA